ACCUUCCUACAUCACCUUGGUCGAGUAUCGUCGACUCGACAGAAAUCAACUCGUUUCUCGAUUGUGGUGUGAUUUUAAAGUUUUUAGUUUAAUUCACACGUGAAAAUGCCGAAAAAGAAAACCGGUCAACGGAAAAAGGCGGAGAAGCAAAAGCUUCGCCAGAAGGAAAUUCGAAAUCGCGAGUCCCAGUUGCCUGAACAGCCUUGCAAUGUAGCAAUGGAAUGCGAAAAAUGUGGAAGAAAGCAAAAAUCUCGUGCCUUCUGUUAUUUCUGUCAGAGCGUUCAACGUCUCCCCAUCUGCGCUCAAUGUGGAAAACAAAAAUGUAUGCUCAAGACGGGGGAUUGCGUUAUCAAACAUGCCGGAGUCUACACCACCGGACUGCAGAUGGUGGGAGCGAUUUGUGACCACUGUGAGGCAUGGAUCUGCCACGGGCGGAAGUGUCUCCAGACGCACGCUUGCGUUUGUCCCCUGAUGGAUGCCACUUGCAUCGAGUGCGAGCGAGGUGUCUGGGAUCACGGAGGUCGAAUGUAUAAGUGUUGCUUCUGCGACAACUUCCUGUGCGAGGAUGACCAAUUCGAGCAUCAAGCUUCCUGUCAGGUUCUGGAAUCGGAAUCGUACAAGUGCCAAUCUUGUAACAAACUUGGCCAAUAUUCUUGUCUGCGUUGCAAGAUAUGUUACUGCGAGGAUCACAUUCGUAGGAAAGGAUUCAAGUACGAUAAAAAUAAGCCAAUUCCUUGUCCUAAAUGCAACUACGACACAAGUCAGACUAAGGAUUUGAGCAUGUCGGUCCGUAGCCACAAGUAUGGUCGUAAGCGCCAGGAUGACUCAGGUGACGACGAUGAUUACGUCUACGAUCCGGAAUACACUGCCUACCGUGAAGCAGCCGAUCAAUACAAUGAUACGGAUUCUGACGAGUAUGACGAUGAUUACGAGGAUGAUGAUGAUGAUGAUGAGUCGGAGGAUGAUGAAGAAGAUCAAGAUGACACCAAGGCGGGUCCAAGUGAGAAGGGAACAAAAUAAACAUUGCAUGGAAUUUUCAUUCUAUUUACUGGAAGGCAGUCGCUAGAAGAGCAACAAAUUGUGUCGAAAUAAAUUAUGUUUAUUAUAAUUCGAUCAA